AUGACAGCCGACUCUCUCCAUUCGCCUAGCCAAGGGGCUAACCCAGGCUCUCCCAAUUUGCACAGGGCUUCUCCGUCGGGCUGCAAGGUGGAGCCGCUGUUAAUCAAAGCAGAGCCCAGGGGGAGCCCAGCGGAGAGAGGAGAAGAGCUGCCUGCGGAAGAACAGACGCCUUGUCCCGGCGCAGGAGGCGGCGGCGGCGGCCGUCGGAGGAAGCGCCCGGUGCAACGCGGUAAGCCGCCCUAUUCGUACAUCGCGCUGAUCGCCAUGGCCAUCGCCAACGCGCCCGAGCGCCGGCUGACGCUGGGCGGCAUCUACAAGUUCAUCACGGAGCGCUUCCCCUUCUACCGAGAGAACCCCAAGAAGUGGCAGAACUCCAUCCGCCACAACCUGACGCUCAACGACUGCUUCGUCAAGAUUCCCCGCGAGCCGGGCCACCCGGGCAAAGGCAACUACUGGACCCUGGACCCGGCCGCCGAGGACAUGUUCGACAAUGGCAGCUUUCUGCGCCGCAGGAAGCGCUUCAAGCGCACCGACCUCACAACAUACCCGGGCUACGUGCAUAGCGCCAGCGCCUUUACGCCUAGCCCAAGCCCGGUAGUUGCCCGGCCGGGCCCUUGCAACGGCUCCGGAGGCGUCGGUUACCCGGGCAGCAGUGGCCCCAUCUAUUCACCCGGCGGCGCUGCUUACAACACGCAACUGGCCGGCCUUCCCCAAUACCCCGGGGCGCCCCCUGCGCUGCCGCCGCGGAUGUUCAGCAUCGACAGCCUCAUCAGCUCCCAGCAGCAGCAGCAGCAGCAACAAGCCGCGGCUCUGCAGGCCUCCCCAGUGGGGGCAGAACUGGGACAUCACGCCUUGGGGCUGAGUGGCGCCGGCGAAUUGGGCAGUUGCCCCGUGGGCAAUCCGGAGGCCUGUUUCCAGACGCAGCAAGUUAGCCCUGGCUUGCUGGGCCGACAGCCCCCGGCCAUGGCCUACCCGUACUCGGCCUCCCCGCCAGGCCACCUAGCGGUGCCUCAAGGGGCCUAUUCCCCGCCCAACGCGCAGCUCUACGGCGCCUCCAACCGGCUGGGCCUGCAACCUGGGCGCCCUGCCUCUUCCUGCGCCGACCACGCUGAACAACUGCUGGGCCUGGCAGCCUCCCAACUCAAUGGCCUGGGCCAGUUCGGAAGCGCUGCCAAUAACUCUUACAUGAGGCAGUCCAAUUUCCCUUCUGGUCUCGAAAGAUACCUGUGA